UUGCGCAAGUUGAUUCAAAGCGUUCACCUCUACUAUGGUGACGGUGCGCACCCACCGCUCAUGCGCAUACGCAUAACGUGACAGGGCUUGGCGGCGCGCCCCCUGCGCUCAUGCACACGCGCAAUAUCCCAAAACGGUGUCUGCCGGCUGCCUGUACGGAGGGAAAAGAAACUAAGAAUUAAACUAAAUAAUAGAAUUAGAAAAUUUAGCAGUCCAUUUAAUCGAAAUGGCGCACUACAGAGGUUCUGAAUCCAAGCGGGAGCAGUUCAGGAGGUACUUAGAGAAAGCUGGAGUCCUGGACAGCCUCACCAAUGUGCUUGUGGCGCUGUACGAGGAGACGGAGAAGCCUACCAACGCUUUAGAUUUCGUCAAGCAACACCUGGGCGUGGCUGGUCCAGAGUCCGGGGAGACAGAGACCCUGCGACAGGAGGUGGCUGACCUGCGAGGGAAGUGCGAGAAGCUGACAGAGGAGAACAAGGAGCUCCGAAGCAGGCUUCUGCAGUAUGAACCCACAGCAACGGAAGGAGGACCUGAAUGAGACCACCACUGUGGGACUUGCACAGAGGUCACUUUAAAACAUUGCAACACUGGGAACUCCCAAGGAAACUCUUUCUGUUGAUAUAAUAUAAAUGACUGCACUGCUAAUGUUGUUGAACUUUUCUUUUUUAAUUAUAAUUUUUAUAUUGAAUAUCUGAAUUUAGUACACUUCUUUUUUUUUUUCAGUCACUCUGCUGCUGUGCUCAGUCAUUUGGUGCUAGGGCUGUAUGGGUCUGGUUUUUAUGCACCGGUGAUGUUACCAGGAAUGUUAUUUCUGUAAAACAGCAGAAGGGUCGUGGUGCCAGACAUGUUUGCGUUUCCAAGUUUAUAUUAAAGUCAGAAUAAGGUGCUUUUUUUGUUUGAAUGUAAACAGUUGUGGCUGCAGGAAUGUAAGUGGCUUCUUUGUGGGGCUCCGUCCACGUCGCUGGAAAGUUGGAUCAUACAAACCAGACGCCAUCUAAAGUUGAUUCUUAUUUUUAUAGUUUUCUUCAAUGAGAAUUUUAAGCUUAUUUUGCAGAUCGUUACAGCUAAAAUUUAAACUGCAUGUAAUGAAUGUAAUUAACUGGUAUUACCUACAGAUGGCCAGCAUCUCCCAUUGGUAAAGUAUCUCUUCACACUCCCUGAUCUGAUUUCUCAGAUGUACUGCAGUACACCUGUUUUUCAGUCUCUCAGGUCAUUGCACAAACAGUCAUUCCUGUGAUUAUACUAAAUUGUAAUGGGUCCUGUUGUAGGCUGUUAACAAUGGAAGAGUUUGUUAUAUUUCCUUAAUAAGCACUUACGAACACGA